AUGGAAGCAGUUUCAAAUAUGUUGCCCUCGGACGAAAUGUAUGCUCCUUUUAAGGAACGCAGUACGUGCCUAGGAAGAACCAAUAAGCCAGAAUGUGACGCAGAAUUAAUAGAAAGAGUGAGGGUCGCAUUAAAAGCACGCCAAAUUAAUGAUGAGAACUUUGCUAGGAAUAUUGUGAAAAACUGGUAUUAUGCAUGCAUGAAGGGAAAUAACCCAGCAUACUACGACCCAUGCUAUUUCUUUUAUUAUUGGUUGGGUACUGAAAUAAUAACAAAGAAGCGGGGCAGUCAUAAUUUUACGGAUAUCAUGAAGGCAGCCUACGCCCAUCUCGACAGUUCCAAAUGUACUAAUAAAUGCACUAAUAUAUAUGACGACGUUGGCGAACAUGUUUUCAAGCAGAGUAAAAUAUUCUUCGACUCCUUUUAUAACUAUAGUAUUAUGGCGAGACAGCAGGAAGAAAAUACAUUUCCCCGCUGUCAGAAGUUAAACCAAGGUCUGACGGGAGCUAAAGAGGCAUAUGACAGAUUAUGUGAAAUUUGUGACAGCAGCAAUGAUAAGUGUUGUACAAAAUUUAAGCAGCAGCAUAAGACAAGUAAUAAGUGUGAUUCGUGGAAUAUGCAACCAUUAACAUGUGAAGAUGUGUCGGAGGAAGGAAAACUUGCAUCAUGUACACAGGACGAGGAAAAUUCCUGUCCAGCAAAACUAGCAAAAACACUACCAAAAAAAGGAACACCCACACUAACGAAAGAACAUUUGGAAAGGUUGAACUCAUAUAUGCUCUAUUAUAAGCAGUUCAAAAGUAAUCUUAGCUAUUGUAGUUAUCCCUGUUUUCCUACCAAAAGCAUAGCAGACAAAAUAAAGGGAUAUUUCACUAAUGAAAAGUAUGCUAAUGUAAUUGGCAGGGCAUUAUGUUAUAUGUAUACCAAGAGAAGGGACAAUGAAUUCACUGAUACGAACUGUAAAUUUUUCAACUUUUGGUUGCAACAUAUAUUAUCUAACGAAUUGAAGAAGGACACUUCACCUUCAACUGUUAUAGAUACAAUUAACACAGAAUUGAUACAAAUUCAGGAAAAACAUAAAUGUACCCUCACCGACCUUAGUACCACCACCACAAAUAACGUCUCUUUUGAGCAUAGAAAAACACUAUUUGAAUUCCUCACAGACCAUGAUAAAAUAAUGAGCCAAUUAGGGACGUCGAACCAGAAAAGUAAACCUCUUUCUCCUACGCCUUCCUGCAGUAAAAAAUAUAAAGCUCACUUAGAUGCCAUUAAAUCAGCUUAUAAAGACGUAUAUGCAAAGUGCCAUGCUACGAAUAAUGCUUGCCAUAUCGAUUUUAAGGAAUUAUUUACAAAGGUUGGGAGUGGUAAUGGAACGCUAACAUUAGAAUGUCAGCAACUGUCUCCAGAAGAAGAGGCUUCCUUAAAGGAGGAGGGGAAGGAGGAAGAGGAUGAACUUUCUUCUCUUCUUUCUAAAGGUGGUGGUGACCUAACUGUGGACGACGACCGAACUGGUAGUUGUAAUGAACAGCUUAAUGAGAUGUUAGACAGUUUUCAACUAUGGCGGGGGGAUGGAACGGAGGCUACCUCGGUGCAUGAAAAGAACACAGCCGUUCCAGCUAUAUCCGCUGCCCUUACUACAAUAGCAUUACCAGCAGUUGUGUUCUAUCUAUAUAAGUACAAUCUUCUACCCUCUUGGAUCAGUAACCAUUUUGGAGGAGGAAGCAGUAAAAUAAGGAAGGGAAAAAAAAGAUCCACCACACACCAUUUCAAUACACUAACAGAAGACGACAACGACACCUCAACAACAUUAUAUUCAACAACAGACACUUCCACAACAAUAGGUGACGAUUACACAACAACAGAUGAUCAUUCUACCAUAUAUAAUGAUGAGUCACCACGACCAACGCCAUCUACCAGAAGUGGAAGAGGAGCAGGAACAUAUACUGCACCAAAUCACCGGACAAAUAUACGUUAUCAUCCCUAG